AUGAACAAUAGUAACGCUGGAAGCAAGUCGAGGUUGCCAGUCGUAUCUUGGUUACGAAGAACGGAGUAUAUCAGUUCAGAGACACCUACCGGCGCAGGAAAAGGCGCAUAUAAAGACACUAUCAAGAAAAAGAAGGUUGAGGUUGAUAGCUCGAGAGAAGGACAGAUCAGGGCAAUUGAAAAGACAUUUGAACGAUUUUAUAGGAAAUCAUCAUCAGGAUCAUCAACACCAUUAUCAGAAGAAGAGUUCUUGGCUAAUCUUAAACAUCCAACAAAGCCAGGCAUUACUGCAGUCGAGUCAUUACCUAUUUUCCCAGACUUUACUAUUUGGGGCAAUGAUUAUACGCUAGUGACAUUUGAUGUCGAUCCAGAGAUGACUAACGACCGACCUGUUCAGAUCCAGGAUGAAGGAUCGUCUGCGAAUAGAGCGCAGCGAUCAUCGAACGCUUUAAUCAAACCUAUGCAUAAUGCUAAUGAUCCAGAGACUUGGCUGGCUUACUACUUACCCGAUAUUGAGACUGCAAGGGAGAUUAACCAUCGCAAGCGAACUCGUGCACAACUUGAGGCCAGUGGUUUACACAACCCUGAUGAUGAUGAGGAUGAUACAACAGAGAGAGUAUAUAGCUUGCAGCGUGAUUACACUUAUACGACCAUCCCCUGUUCAUAUUUAUCACAGCUCGUGUUCACAUUCAGAGAUUUGCCCGAGUCCACUAGUGGCGGCGGUGGACAAAAGGCUGCGUUCUAUAACCCGAUGCAAUCCAAGCUCAUGCUGCGCAAAAAACGAGUUAAUCGUUAUGAGGAUGAUGAUCCACCUAUCACCCAUAUUGAUGUGACAAGCCGACGCAUGAAUUCAGAUGAACUAGCAGCGAAGCGGGAUGCAUUAGAAGCCAUUGGACUUUAA